AUGUUGUUGAUCCCCUUCCUGGGGAUCUUCUUGGGUAUGACUCUCUGGAGUCAGUGGCGCCCCAUUCCGGGGUUCACUGUUCCAGAGAUGUCGUUCCGGCAGCGUCUGUCUGGUGCUGUCCAGCUGACUCUGGAAUCUUGCAUCGUCUGUGGCGCUGUGGACACUCUCAUGUCCCAGCGUUCUCACUUCGGUAAUACUCACUCUGGUGAUCCUGCCGUUGUGAGUCCCGCAGACAAUCAUGGGUAUGCAAACACCACAGAUUACUUGGAAAUCAGUCCCGAAGCGGAUACCAUGCCGUCCUGGUUUCCAACUGAUUCCAUGGUACCCAUCCCGGGGUUGGUCUGGUAUAGCGUCGGAGUGACAACUUCUGUUCCCGAAGAAGUUGUCGACAUCCACACGCUUGAAUCAGGACCCGGGCAAGGUCUCUUUGUUCCCCUGCUGUGUCUCGUUGUCUGGUGUUUUCUCCAAGGUCCCAUGGCCUUGAUUGCUAACACACGGCGACUUGUUUCCUUUGGUGUCCGGGCCUUGGCUGAGUGGACACUGGAUUAUCUUGAGGGCCAACCGCAAAUUGCACGUGUGCAAUUUGUAGCCGAGGAAGAUCCAACUUUGUACCACGAGUUGGAUUUUCUGAUCGCCGGCGCGAUGGAUAUCCAGGACGAAGCUCUUGCUUGGGUCUUGGCCGCGAACAGUCGUCUCGACUUCGUGUCUCACGUGUCCGUUCUCCCUCACUCUGGGGGGAUCUGGGUUCACCGGAUCCCUGUGGGGGGUGAGCAGGCACGGGACAGGAAGUCGACCUGCAAUACCACCACGACGUACGAUGGCACAGUGCUCUGUCAGCAUCCCUGGAACGCCCCUGAGACGGAUGCACCCGAGCAUCAUGAUACCUCGUCUCCGGCUGAGGUUCUGAGUGUGAACGGUGCGGAAGUCGAAGGUGAUGGUUCCCCCCAGAAGAGGAAGAGGAAGAACCGUCCGUCGCAAGCAAAGAGACGUCGCUUCAAGCAGAGGUUACUCGAGGCGAGCGAGAAGGAACUGGAACAGGCGCAUCCCAAGCCUACUGUUCCAGCCUCUUCCGCUCAGGGUACACCUCUCGCGGUAUCUUCGAGCUCGACGCCUUUAUCGGCUUUGGCUCCGGUCUUCGUUCCUGCUUUUCUGGCGGAGCAGGAGCUGCAGAGUGGUUCUCCUUCUCCGGCCCCCUUGUCUAUGCAAAUGGGCAUUGAUCCUCCUGAUGACUGUGGUACGGGUUCGCAUGAUAACGGUGCUCCUCCACAGCGGCCCUUCCGCCGUCAUCGUCAUCGACGGCGUAGUCUAGUUUCGUUGAUGGCGUGUCGGGCCUGUAUCGAUGACCUGGAUAAAGAGUGUGGCUGA